AUGGCAAGCAAUACCACAACAGCCACCCCGACAACCUCCCGCUCGCGCCAACGUCCUUCUACCCUCACCAUAACUGCAUCAUCACCCUUUCAACCCGAACCCGAACCCGAAUCACGAACCAAAGACGAUGACCUCCAUUGCCUAACGCCACCGCCAACCCCUUCCCUCACACAUCCUCGCGACAUGCCCUCAGCAAUCCACCUCCUCCACCUCCGUAUAACGCACCUCGGAGCCGGGUACCUGUCCGAAAUCGCAUCUUCGGUGGACCCGCACCGAACCCUCCAGCUUUCGCGCUUCUUCGCGGACGGCAUGCGGGAAUACGUUUCAGACGUUGAGACGCUCGCCAGGGGGACCGCAUACGAAGGCCUCGGCCUGAGGAUGCUGCGGGAUGCCGUGCUCCGGGGCCGCACGCCCCACGUACAGUGGCUGGACGUUGGCCCCGCGAACCGCAUCCGGAGGAAGCAGAUGAUGCGGGCGGUAGAGGUGUGGUGGGACGGGCAGAGGGAGGGUAAAUGGCGCGGUCACUUCGAGUGUAGGAGACGGCAGGCGGUGCAGCAAGUCGAGCGAGAGACGGAGGGGAAGAGGGCUGAUGGGAUGAGGAAGGUGUGUUUGCUAGCUGGGCUGCAGGGCGACGAGUUAGGCUGGAGGAUGUGGUGUUGGGAGUUUGAUAUAGAUGCUGAAAGGGAUUCGAAGCAGGGGGUUAAGAAUUUGGAGGAGGAAUUUCGGGAGAUAGGCGAGUGGCCGGAGGGCUGUGGGCCGGAUGAUGACGAAGAGGAUGGAGAUGGUUGA